AUGUCGUCCCGCAUCGCCCUCUGUGCCAGAAUCAGAUAUCGCAUGCUUGCUCUGUUAGUCGCCGUCAGUCACCCGCACUACUACUCAUGGUGGAUGUUCUUCGGGUAUUACAACGACGACUUUUACGUGCAGUGGUACCACCAGCUGCUCUUCACCCUGACGGAGCUGUUCUCCACCGGUCUGGUGCUCAGUAUGUUGGACAGGGCAGUGAAGCCCACUCCCAGGAAGCUGCUCGCCAUCGCCUCCAUCGCCCUUCUGCACAUCCUGGCCGGCGGCAUGGACCAGUUCGUCACCAAUGUUGUGUUGGGACGCGGGAUGUUCCACCAGGUUUCCCGGGAUGUAGCCUUCUUCUCCUCCGACUUCCUGUACCUGAUCGUGGCCUGCGGAGAGCUCGCAGUGCUGGGCUUCCAGGAGAAGAUCCCGGCGUCCCUAUUACUCAUGUCAUUGAAACGAGACGUAAUCACUUCUGUAGUUAUCAUAAGCGGUGUGCUAUUGAUUCUGUCAUACAUCUAGACGUACAUGGCCAUUUGUAAUGUAAGAACAUCGUUCAUCCCAAUAGUGUGCGACGGGCGGAGAUAAUAUUUUUCGAGCGUCUGAACAGUCAUUGCCGCCAUGCAAAAUUGUUAUGUGAAAAUGCUUUUCUUGUGGUAUGAACAGAAAAUUAUUACAUAGCAACUU